UGGUCAAUCCACCGCUAGAACCACUCAAGCAGCAGACCAAUCAUGGCCAACAUGCAUCAUCUAGUUCAUCCUCUUCAGCAGUAAUGACAGAUACGUCGUGGGACAUUGAACCACUCACAAUGUCUCCCAAUACACUUCCAGCUGACAUAACCUCGCCUUCUCUACGUCAGCAAUCGAUAUGUACUAGUUUCGACGCCUUCGGGCUCGCUGGAUCCCACUACUAUGCUCCUUACCAUGUCGACUCGCCACCGCCAUUGAAGACUGAGCCGCUUUCCCCAUCUGCAAGCAGCGCAGAGGUGUUGCACGAUGGAUUGCCAGGCGCAGCCCAAUCUGCCACCUUCAAUGCAGACACCCCUGUCCCUGAAAAGGCUAAGCUAUACUUCGCCAUCGAGAACUCUAAAGGCGUGCCUGAUACGGCACCUUCGAACCUGGUAUCUGGCCCUACCUUCCGAGACUCUUCGCUUGCUGCUUUCUUCGAACUCGUUGCAAGGCGAUCAAAUAAACCUUCAUCGUCACUUAGCCACAUCACUUUCCGAUACACAUGGAUUAACCAGAACACUGUCAUCGUCAAUCGACAUCUUAGCGAAGAAGCAUGGAGAGAUAUUAAGGAAGAUGUUGCGGAGUUCUUUCUUAUGUCGCGGGACGAAGAUAGUGCUCGUCGACGCUUUCAUAUCUGGGUAAGGGCUGGUGAUACGACAAAAGCUGGGAAGAACACUUCAAGAGAUGAUAUUUAAAUUUGGAGUGUCGUACUGUCUCGUAGUAUAUAAAAACUUCUGUCUCCUUGGAACUUAAGCUCCCGAAAUGCUGACUAAGAAAGCGUGAGGUCCAUCAAAUCCACCAGGUCCAAUGUUGGUCAAGUGUUCUUAAGGGUGCGUGCGAUCUGUUUUACUAGCACGGCAUUCCAAGACCUUGGUAAGUAGAUCUUACAAUAUAAAAAGAUAAUACUACGGCAACAUAUACUGUCUUGCGGAAAAUAAGCUCAUAUUAAGAUGAUUCAUUCAUAGAGGGACAUAAACAGAUGGCUUUGAAGGCUGAUAAAAUGACUUUUGUAAUAAUAAAUAAACAUGCCCAAUGGACGAAUAUAAAUUUGGCGUUAAUUGUUA